CUUUGGAAAAACAUUUUAAAAAUUUUUGGAGUAGAUUCUUGUGGGCAAAGUUUAUCACUAUACUGCCAAAAACAUUCCAAAAUUGAACUUGGUUUUAAAGGUCUUGUCAUUACUGAAGUCACAUGGGCCGGAGAUUUUCCACCAAUGGGAGGAUGUGCACGUAAAUGUGAAGAAAUGAUGGAAUGUGGUCAUCGAUGUCCUUUGGACUGUCAUAUAUACCCACAUGAUCGAGUUGAUUGUUGGGAACCAUGUAUACGAAAGUUUCCAUGUGGACAUUCAUGCACAAAGCGAUGUAGAGAACCAUGUGGAAAAUGUGAUAAA